UGAUUCUCCACAAGCUAAUGCAAGAAGAUCGUGCUUGCUUUCAAGAUUUAUUAGUAACACUUUUAAAAUUUACAGGAUAAGGUGCGACUUUAGAAGCCUACGUCAUCAUCAGAUGGCGCUGCCAAUUUCUUGCUUACAUGUCGCUCCCGCGUACUUUCGAGGAAUCUAGACAGUUCAUCAACCAAACAGUUUCAAGUUAUACGGCUAGCUCGAGAGAACCGAAAUCCAUGAAAUUUUGGAUAAUCAAUCUUAUUCGUUUAUGAAAUUUCAGCAAAUGUUGAUAUUAUCACCGCUGAGGACUCAAACAACACUUACACUAUGCCUGAUUCAUUACAAGUCGCGCUGAAGAACAGCAGCGACUCAAGUGAAACAUACGCAUACAUCACCGGGAUAGCCCUCCAACAUGGCGGACGGCGUUGUUUCCUCAAAGCCGACGGUCAAGGCCUCUACUUUCCAAAGGAUCCACCUGCAAUCGGCUCCCCACUUACCGAAGACUGCGCCAUCCCACUUGGCCCUCCCGAAAACAAAGUCACCGUGACUAUCCCCCAGAUGGCCGGUGGUCGAGUAUACAUCUCACGGGGAUCCCGCCUUACAUUUCUACUCAACCCGGGGCCGGCUCUUGUUGAGCCCAGCGUCUUGAACCCGACUGACGCGAACAUUAACAUCGACUUCGGCUUCUGCGAGUUCACACUCAAUAACGACCAGUUCUACGCCAACAUCACGUAUGUCGACUUUGUCCCGCGUCUGCCUAUCGCGAUCUCGUUACAUACGACCGAGGAAGUGGGUCAACAUGUCCUUGGCAUGCAACCAAACGGCGUAGACGAAAUCGCAAAUGGGCUUCGCCAGCAGACAGCGUUAGAUGGAAAGCCCUGGGAUAAGCUCAUCGUUGAGUGCGAAGGCCAGAUUUUGAGAGUUCUGAGUCCCACACACGGAGGCGCGGUAGGGGCUAGCUUUGACGGAUUCUUUGAGACGUAUGUCGACGAUGUGUGGAAGAAAUUCCGCAAGACCGGGCAACAGAUCAAGAUCAACACGCAAGCCGCCGCAGGUGUGCUUACCGGCGAGUUUAUCUCCGACCACGAGAUAAAAAUCGGGGAUGAAGUAUUUGAGAAGCCGACUACGGCGGAUAUUUUCGGGUGUAACAGUGGACCCUUCACGACGGGGCCGUCAGAGACGCGCAAUACGAUUAUUCCCCGCCUGGCAGCCGCGUUCGCACGCUCGACGCUGCUGAUACAAGGUACGACGGAGCACCCGUCACAUCCCCGGACAUAUUAUAAACAAGACCCGAAAAACCAUUACGCGCGCCUGGUGCAUGAGCACAAUGUCGAUGGGAAGGGCUAUGCAUUCGCCUAUGACGAUGUGCUACCGGAUGAUUAUGCCGUGGAAGAUCAAUCUGGGAAGGUAAAUCAUGGGGAACCCCUGGAGUUUGUUGUCAGAGUGGGGGGUAAGGCGGCGCAAUAGUGUGUGGAUAUCCCUGAUAUCUUUACUGAUGACGAUUCGUUGGGAUGGGGCGCAAUAUGGCGUUUCAAUAGGUCAGCGAAUACUAGCUGAAGCAUUCACUAGUAUAGGUUUUGUAUGGGCAUUGCUUCAUUCUGUUUUGGAAAAACAUCUCAUCUCCGCUGUGCGAAGCACUAAGCAGAUGAAUAUUUGUUCGUAUAGGUCUUCGGGUAUUUUAUGAUUGCUAAGAGCAUCUUGAAGUUAUCGUACGCCGGUGUGGGGUUCUAUGGGGAGUCCAUACAACGCUAGGGGAGUUAUAAGCGAACUCUUUGAAAGGGCGGCCUUUUAUUGUACCCCCAAGCAUGUUUUCUCGUGUCGUUAACCACCUAGGUACCUAUCAAUGCGAUGAAUUGAAACAAUAGUAGUUAUGGAGAAAUUUCAGCAAAUACUGCAAGACGACUUCGUACUCUCACGGCCUCCAGUAGGAUAAAAAGUAGGUAUAUGUUCA